UACUGGCCUCUCUCAGUCCUCUGCUUCUCACAGUUCCUAUGCACCUGACGCAUUUCCAUGAUCUGAAAGAACUCUGAAGAGUCCGCGUCCGCCACGGCCACGUCGGGCUCUAGCGCCCCAAUCGGCUUGGGAAACUGAGUCCAGUCACAGAUGUCACUGCCGUCGUGCUUUUCCAUAAAGCCGAUGGCAAGAAUGCUCGACUCCUCGCCCCGAACAACCCGUCGGGGAUUUCAGAAGUUUUUAACAAUAGUCCCGACAGAUAUUUACGCCUUUCCACCUCCUCUAGCUGCGAGUGUACACACUGACUUGCUUCGACCAGAGUUCAACAAGCACCGGGUGGUUCCCCGCAAACCAACUCACGACUGCCCCUUGGAGAAAGAGAUCGACAUACUAACGCCAUUGCGAGGUGCCAUUUACGUCCCCGAUGGGGCUAUCAUUUCGUCUCAAGGUUCGAGCGCGUUGAACAAAAGCGGUGACCUCCGCGGAUACUCACUCGUAUCUGCAACAGCAAAGGGGGAUGUAUGCGAGAUGCAUACCCUAGUGCAGUUUUGCAAUUGUGUCUGGCUAUCUGUAGUCGAUAAUACAGACCGAUGGAAAUGAUUAUUUUUAUUAGCUAUGUUAAGAUACUUCCCAAAUAGUAAAUUCGAGAUCUGGCCUAUAUGUUAGAUGCUACUGCUAUAUAUUGAGUUAAUAGUGGAGGGG